AUAAAUACAGGCGGCGGCUGGAAGAUUUAAUUGACAAAUGCUCUUCAGAGUGAGAAGUUGGAUUAAAUAUUUUAUGCAUAUAUCACAAAUGAUGGACAGCAAGCCUGUAAUGUUUCCGGCACUUUUUCUUGUUUGGCUUACGUUCGUAAACGGGUCCCCGGCGUCAUUGGAAGUGGGCAAGCUUACCAAAGCAACAAAUGUCUCGUGGUCCUCUUACAAUUUCAAAACAAUCCUAUCAUGGGGACCUAAACCUGUCAACUACACAUAUACAGUUGAAUUUUCAAGAGCUGGUAAGGACAAACAGAGAAACCCUCACUGCAUUCGAAGCACUGAGACCGAGUGUGACCUGACUAAUGAACUGGACGUAAAGGGGGUUUAUUCUGCUGAAGUCCUGUCGGAGUCUCUGCAUGGGACUUCUGACUAUGUGGAGCCUCCAUUUACCAGAUCAAAGAAGUUCUGUCCUUAUAACGACACUUUAAUUGGAAGACCUGAGUUUAAUUUCAAGGGGAACAAGAAGAUUGUGCUGAUCAUACACGACCCCAUCACUGCUCUGCACAAAGAUGGCAGAUCUCUGAACAUCCGUGACGUCUUUAAGAAAAAUCUCAAGUAUAAGAUUGCAUACAACGAGGCUGGAAGCACGGGAAAAAAAAUGCUAAUUGUGGAUGAGAGCAAAGCAGAGUUUAAUGAUCUAAAUAAGGAUCAGAGUUACUGCUUCAGCGUGGCAGCAUACAUCCCCUCCCGAAAAGGAGACAAUAGGGUCGGAGAGUGGAGCCUCCCCAAAUGCUCACCACAGGUGCAGAAUACGGUGUUUGAGGAGUAUGGACUAGCUGUGAUUGGAGGAGCAGCGUUCAUUAUACUGGCAUUUGUAAUUGGCGUAAUCGUUCUGAUCGUGGUUUGCUGUAAACGAGUACGAAGACGAACACUGCCGGCCAAGGAAACCAUAGUCUAGACUCUGGCAUAAAGGAAUACAACAUUUCUGCUGCUUGAGCCCGGAACGGGACGUACAGCUGGAUCGUAACCGUUUUUGCACUGAGCAGGACUGUGUGUGUGUAGCACAUCUUCUGCAGUACAGCACUGGACUGGUUUCUAUGAAACGCUAACACUGCAUGAUAUGUUGUACAUAUCAGAACUUUGCUUUAUUUUUACGGAUGAAUAGAACGGUGUUUGUUAAUAAUUGGCAUUAUUUAUUUACUUCAGAAAUACAUGUGUAUUAGCUGCUUGUGUAUACAGUUUUAUAUCUUGUACAAAAUAUUAAUUCUCAUAAAAUGUAUCUAUUUAUAUAUAUGUUUUUUUUAAAUGUAAGUUGUACUUCUAGGAAGUUCACUAGAUUCAGCAAAUAAAUUAUAAUUGUUUUCA